AUUAAAUUUGUGUAUUUUGUAAUAAUAUAAUUAGAUGAGUCUAAUUAAAUCGUUUUACGUACAAUAAUUUUUCAAGUAUUCGAUAGUGGGAAACAAGACUUUUGAUCGUGUCUUUCAAGGAUUAAUUGAUCUACAUGUACGGUGGACAUCUUUUUUAUACAAUAUAAUGAAUAAUAUAAUACUAUAAUGAUAAUUUACACACUCAUUAAUUAUUUCUUUAAUUAAUAAUCUGUAGGGAUCUGCCCCAAUGCUUCCAUCAUCUUGCGUUCCAAAAGUCUCGAAACCAAGCUUAUGCUUUUUCCCACAAUACAUACUGAAAAGCGUUGCAAGAGUCCAGAUUCAAUCUGCUUUGUCAUUUGAGCAUCUAGCUUGCCUAGUGAACAAAAAUUGCAGCUUGGUUGAGAUGACUGCAAUUCAAGAAUUAAGACUGGAACUACUUGAUGCAUUACCAACCGCAAGUAGUCCUUCUUUCAGAGGUAUUUGGCUAACUAGUUGCAUCACUCAUGAUGUGACUGAGUUUUCUUGGGUUGCUUCAAAGAUGAUGCGCAUUGUAGGCAACAAGACUUACCCCCAAGUAUUUGCUAAUUGGUUUUAUGAUCGGUCAGCAAUUCAAGUCAUUGACUUGUCUACCGAAGCAAAAAAUUGUACUGAAUUUCAAAUUCCUAUAUACCCACCUAAUGGACCUUGAGCUAAAUGCAUAUUGUAUUGACGUAUAUUGUAUUGACGUACGAGUAUGAUGAUGAAUGUAUUUCUGAACAAGUUUUUUUCAAGUAA